GGAAAUCUUAAAAUCACAUCUAUUACGUACUCAUUCACCAUUAUGUCACACACAGUGUGGGGUUCGAUGCAAAAAACCUCACCUUUUUUAUUCCAUGAAUUUACUUUCUCAACUUACUUUUCUUUGUCACCACUCUGGUCAUCUGUUUGGUUGUAGCGAACAGAGGGCAAAAAUCAAUAUAAAACCACUUUCUUUGGACACACCCACCAUACCAAAACACAAAGAUUUGAUCUUUUUAUUAGUAGUACUUCCCUCUCCCACUUCGGGAGAAGAGAAAAGGAAAAAGAAGAAACCGCCCAGCUGUUGGAACUUGCACAGUGCACAAUAAACCAUAAACAUCACGGAAGACAUUGAAGAGGGAGAAAGUACACUGUUUUCUUAGAGCGAGAUUAAAGACCACUAAACAUCACAGACCGCACAAGAAAUUGCAGAUAUAGAGAUGUUUGCAGCAGAGAAUGGGCUGAAAGGAGACCCAAGGCUUCAGGGCAUUUUUGAAGCCAUUAGAGUAAUUCCUGACUUCCCAAAACCAGGUAUAAUGUUCCAAGAUAUCACGACUUUGUUGUUGAAUCAUAAGGUCUUUAAGGACACUGUGGACAUUUUUGUUGAUAGAUACAAAGACAUGGAUAUCUCUGUUGUUGCUGGAAUCGAAGCAAGAGGAUUCAUGUUUGGUCCAUCCAUCGCCCUAGCUAUUGGUGCAAAGUUUGUUCCUUUACGCAAGCCUGGAAAAUUGCCAGGUGAACGAAUAUCGGAGUCUUAUGAACUGGAGUAUGGACAAGAUCGUUUAGAGAUGCACGUUGGUGCAGUGCAGAAGGGGGAUCGUGCUGUCGUCAUUGAUGAUUUGGUUGCUACUGGUGGCACUCUUUCAGCUGCAAUAAAAUUGCUAGAAAAAAUGGGAGCUGAAGUGGUUGAAUGCGGCUGUGUUAUUGGCUUACCCGACGUUAAAGGGCAAAGCAGGCUAAAAGGAAGAUCAGUCUAUAUUCUUGUGGAACCCCGUACAUUGGAAGAUUGUUUGUGAGAAACAAAAGCAAUAUGCUGGAUUCUAUUAAAGGAGACAUUACAUCUGGCCUAAAGCUUCUAGUUUCAGAAUCCUGGUAGCUGGAUUGAGUCUUUAGCUAGAUCAUUUCUCAUGUGUACCUUUUAUUGAUUACUACCUUUUCUUUUCAUUGCUUGGAUUUUCUUUGAAGAUGCAGUGGGAUUUGUGAAGCAUAGAAUCCUAAAUCAUGUCCAGAGAUAACUUUUCUUUUCAUAUAAGCCAUAAUGUGAUUCUUGUUGUUAUUCCUAUGCAUUUGAUGUGAUUCACAAUAACUUCUUUUAUGGAUUGGGGGUAGAAGGAUUCAAAGAAGACUAAUGAUUGCAUUCAAAAAGAAGACUGAUAUAUAUUCCUAUUUAGGAUUGCUUAUGUUAAUUUUGGAGAAUUUGACAAAUUCUCUUGUAUAUUACCACACAUUCUGUUUCAUAUUUACCCCAUUACCCUUUGUAGAAUGAAUAAAAAUCUGGUUUGCUCCAACGAGCCAUUACCACACAUUCCGUUUCAUAUUUACACUUGGAUGAAUUUCCGAAUCUUAAUAACC